AAACAGCAAACAACAGCAACUCGGCACCAAACAGUAACCAAGUGAACACGUGCGCGUAUCGUGCGAUUUUCGUGAAUGCUCCACCUCGCAAGAGCUUGCUGUUUGAUGACUCCGAAAUCAAUAGACAACAGUAAUAACCACAAAACAGCAGCAAUAACCAGUGACAAAGAGUUUGGCAAAAAAAAGGACAGUCAAAUGCGGGAAAUAGGCAGUUUUUUUUGGAAAAGCAUGAAAUUGGAGUAUUGUGUUGAUUAUUCCACAAUGUUUGAACUUACAAAAAAGUGAAUAAAAAGUACAACAAUCUGAAAUCCACUCCGGUCACAGGAAUCCCAACUCAAACAUAAAACCGUGUUUCAACAACAACUCACCUACCCUAGAACGAAAAAGUGGUUCGCGCGCGCAAAAAGGAAACCCCCGCCCGCAGGAGCAACAUUUCGCGAGGUCCUCACGCCAUUCACCAACAUCAACGUCGUCGUCGUCCCGGGUCCUGGUCGUAACGAUUGCCGAACCGUGGUCGGUUGGAACAUGCCAGCGCCAUCGCCGUGGCAGACAUUCAUCAAGUCCUGGAACAACGGCUAGCAGUAGCGAAGACGGCGUGCGCACGGCCAGGUUGCCAGGCCACAUGUAAAAGGGCAUUGAUCCAAGUUCAAUCGGUGCCAGUGCUCUCGCGUGGUAGGAGAACGAAGAAGCCCCUCAAGAAUUGGGCCUUUGGGGUGUGCUGAAGGCCGCCGCGUGUCGUUGUCUAUCAUUUCAAUAAAUAAAUAAUAUUUACGAUUUGAGGGCACGCCGGAGGUUCGUCGGAGCCGAGCGGAGUUUGGUUGCUGCCAUCAGUCAGCGUCAGCAGUUUGGAGCUGAAGACCCCAGCACAUAGUACAUAGUGAACCGAUCGGGCGUGUGUUUGCUCUAAAUGUAUACCGCGUCAAUAGCUCGGGGGUUUUAGCCACGUGUUAGUGUGGUUCCACGGAGAGCGAGUGUCUUUGUGUAGUGAUGGUGCCGCAGUUGUCCCGCAGUCUCGCGCCAUCCUGGCAGUAAAUUGUCCUCUCUCGGUUCCACCAGUCAAUCCUUUCCUCCUUCCCUAAACUUUUGCGAGACCACGACCAAGAACCGCUCGCUCGCGAGGGCAUAAAACAAGAAAAUGUCUACCAGUCGCUACUUAAACUGGUCGCGACCGUCGCCCGCGAGGCACCAUCCGCUCCGGAAGCAGAUGUCCUGCAUCGAAAGCUUCUCCGGUGGUGGUAGCACGGGACGAAGUCUUUCGGUGAGCAAUCUCUCCACGGUUGGCGCCGGUGGUGGUGCCGAUUUCGCCACCUUCGUGACGGCGGCCAUCAUUCACACGAACCGGUUCCAGCAGCAGCAGCAGUCGUACCAGGACCCUCCGAAGGCCACGUUGAGCCGGCGACCGGCCAGUGCGACGACGUCCUCGGCACGACACGCUUCGACGUCCUCCGCGACGACCAUGGCCAAGCGGUUGAACAAUAAGGUGUUGACGAAGCAGCUGUCGCUGGACCACCACAGUCCGGCGGCGGGACACGCUUGGACCACAGCGGCACCAGCGACGGCCAGUCGGACGGCGCUGUCGACCGGUGCAGGACUUUCUGCGGGACAGGAAGUUGGGCAAGGCCACCAAAACAAUCCGAAAAGUUGCGUCGUCAAGAAGAGACCGCCCGGACUAAGUGUGAAGAAUGACACCGAACCAAACGAGCACACCAAAAAGGUCCUGAAGCAGGCCAAGGAUUCCCGUAUCAACAUCAAGAUCUUUCUCGGCCAAACCGUCCAGCAGGACUCGUCCGACAACGGCGUCAGCGACACGGAAUGUUCCGUAAUCCAGCGCGAACCCGCCACCGUCCCGAACCUACCCCAACAACAACAACAAGGCAAUCAAAAGGCCGAAGUGGAAAAUUCGCACCCGGAAGGUGAGACGCUCUCCAAGCACUCCAAGCCGAGCAGUUCUUCGUCGGCGUCGUCGUCUUCCUCCACCGCGUCUUCGACUUCAAGUGGUCGCAACUCGUCGCUGGCUCAGCAGCGCCGGGCCCAGUACCAAGCGAGCAGCCGCCAAAAUUCCGAAUCCACCGCCGAGAAGCGCCCGCCCCUGGUGCGGGCUAUGUCCGCGCCGAUCCGACCCAUAGACGACAACUCCAAGUUCCUACAGAGCAGCAAGCGGAAGGCCCGCAAGAAGAAGGUUCUGCGCGAUCGUGACGAAAUCAACGAAUGCGACGAGGAUGCUUACGAGGACGAUCCGCUCAAGACUAGCAAGGACAGCAACGCCGCAGCCAACAACAACAGUAAGGUCAUCGCUGGAGGUCCGCGAGCCCGUUCCGUGCUAGGAGGACCGUGCGACAUCGAGACGCUCGUUUCGCUGCUCAGCUCCGGCGGAAGUGACUCGGAGAAGGAGGACUCCGCUCCGUCGCCACUGACGGACACGGACAGCUUCGCCUACAACAACCUGAACAACAACCUCAUCGGAUCGAAGCGCCCUCCAAUGCUGAAGAAGGCGGGAAAAUCGGUUUCGUUCCAAGAGUCCGAGCUGAAGCAGCCAACCGCCGGGCUCAACCGGGACUACUACCCGGCUGGGCACCGGAAGCCUCCGGCGUUGCAACCCAUUGCCAACCGCAUCAGGAGAAGCCAGCAGCUGGCCAACUCGCUGAAUGCGUUUCAUCUGAAGGAUGUUAAGAAGAGUUCCAGCGAGGAAAGCAAAUCCGACGACGAAAAGGACCACACCGGCGAAGACCCGCCCCCGCCCUCGAAAGAGUCAAAACCCAAAAAGGAGCCAAAGGCCGCGCAGCAAAAAGCCGACGAGCAGCAGCUGGUCGACGGCCAAACACCAAAGGAGCGCGAAUGCUACCGCCUGUUCCAGAAAAUGUCCACCAUGGGCCUGUCGGUUUCGUACGACACGAUCCUGCGCGGGAUGCUCACGCCGACCGAGCUGCGAGUGCUCGAAAAGCAACGCAACAAGCUCCAAAAGCAGCAAGAAUCGCAGCAAGCUUCGCGACAAAACAGCAGCGAAUCCGAGGGGAACGACACCGGCAAGACAGCGCCGAUCGAUCUGACCGCCGGGUUGGGUUUGGUUGGCUCGAUUGGGGUGGUGGAGCUGGCCAGUGGGGCACGGUUGGAACAGUAUGCCACCAUUGUAGAGUGAGUUGUAAGUUGAACCACCACGCUUCUCCACCGAGAAAAGUGUGAAUGAUGGAGACGCAUGGCGUCUCAAUUGUUGAAGCCCGCGAAAAGCAUGUUUGCAAGCAAAGCCACGCUUGGCCACGACCAUUACGUUGAGUUUAUUUCCAUCAUAAUCAUUCAGUAGUGAAGCGAAUAUAGAGAGUUUGAUCGGCAAACUGUGAUAGGACAGGAAAAGAGCUUUAUUCUGUGUUGGAAGCAAAACAAAAACGUAAAACCAAACAAAGGAAGCAACAAUGUUAGAGUGCACUUAUUACAGUAACACAAACACACAAAACAGGCACACCACCAGAUGGAAACAGAGAGUUUAAUGAUGUUGGCAAGUGAGUUGAUUUGGUUUAACAAACAGAGAGAUGGUUAUUAGCAAACAAUAGUUUAGACAUUAGCGGCACAGGUUAUAUAGAGUUUUGGUAACGGCAUUGGCUUGGAAAUUCAUGUAAUGAUUAGCAAUGUAAUAAAAAAUAGAAUAAAAAAAAUAGUUUCAAUUCAAUUUUCAAUUGUUAUCUUUCAUCAAUCAAAAAUCUUGUUCAAAUAUUUGCCUGGUUUCUAUAUUUAACUUAAACUGAUUUUUGGACAAUUUUAUUCAAUUUUUGAGCCAACUCCGUAGCAAAAUUUGGAAAAAAGACCAUGCAAAUUUUGGAGGGAUGGAACUUUGUUAAACAAAUUACUUGGCAAAAGGUAAUAAUACAUUCCUUUGAUACAUUGAAAAACUAAUACAUUUUGCAUUUUUUAUAUGGCUAAAACUUGCAUCAUUAGUUCAUCCAUUCAAAAGAAGCUGAUUUCCUUAAAAAUCAACAAAUGCAUAUUUUCAACGUUUCAUCACCGCCAUUUUGGCCGCCAUCUUGGAUUUAAAAAUUCUAAACUACUUUAAAGUAGCUUACGAGUCAAAUAAAAAACAAGACAACGUAAAUGACAACGAUUUUUUUCCUGAUUCGAGUCGAGUCGAGUCUGGACUGUACCGCAAAAUGUGUAUAAAGCUACCGUAAAAAAAUAUUUUUUCCAAAUCUUUUAAGUCUUUUACCGAUCUGUGGGCAAACAAUUAAAAAAUGGUUAAAAAAUAAAAUGUAAAAUUUUAAUUAAAAAGGCACAAAUAACCGUUAAAGAUUAUAUUCUGAAUAGUUUAAAUUCAAUGUUACAAGUUUCUUCCCAUGAAAAUUUCGAUUUUAGUCAAUAAUUUCCCUAAUUGUUUGAUGAAAUUUUGAAAGGGGAGGAGACAAAAACUUAAAAAUAAAUUCGGAAUGGCCUAAAGUGUGUUUCUUUGAAAA